AUGACGAUCGACACCUUCACCCUCGAGAUCAUCGCGGAGAGCGGGCGGCGGCCGGACUGCGUCUACGCCGAGAAGAUCCUCCCGCUCCGCACGGACGCCCACAAGACGCUCUGCACGCUCAUCAUCUCCAACAUGCUCUGCAACGUCCUCGUCGUGCAGGAGUUCCGCGCGAUCAUCGCGGCGGGGGCAGGGCCCUCCCCGCAUCUCGCGGCCUCUGCGGAGGAGUACUGGACUCGGCUCUGGGAGUUCGCCGGGAGCACCUUCCUGGUCGUCGUGACCGAGAUCGUGCCGAUGUCGAUUUGUAAGUCAAAGUACUCCCUGCGCGUGGCCGCCUGGGGCGCGAUCUUCGUGCAAUUCGCGAUGAUCCUUACCUACCCGGUUUCGAUGCCGCUGGGGAAAUUCCUCGAUUGGGUGGUCGGGGGGAAAGAACGCGGGCAGAUAUACGACCGAAACGAGCUGCGGAGGCUGAUGGUUCUGCAAUACGAACGGAAAGGGAAUAAUAAAGGAGGGAUGUCAAAGGCGGAGCUCGAUUUGCUUCUCUCCGCGAUGGAUUUUCAGGAGUCGAAGGUGCUGGAUGUCAUGCAGCCUUUAGAUAAGAUCACGUAUAUCCACAAAAAUAACUUGGUGACUCCGGAUUUUAUCUCACAAAUUUGGCUCUCCGGGCGCUCGCGCGUUCCGGUGAUGUCGGAAAAAGGCACUUUUGACAGCGUCCUCGUCGUGAAAGAUCUCCUGACGGCGAAUAUCAACCCCGAGGGGCAACCGACGCGCGUGGCGGAGAUCGUGAAGGAAAGAAACCGAUCACUGGUGAUAGUGAGGUCAAGCACGCCGUUGCCGACGAUGCUGCGGAUCUUUCAGGAUCUCAAAACGCACAUGGCGCUGGUCUUCCCCGCCAAGGACUUCUCUAGCAUCGAGGCGGCCACCAAACACAUGGAUAAAGCCAUUGGCCUGGUCACGAUGGAAGACGUCGUCGAGAAGCUUUUGAACGAGGAAAUCUACGACGAGUACGAUCGAUACGGCGUGGGAGACGCCUCCUUCGGGGCGAUUACCAAUCCUUCCUCUUCGGUGCCAAUGUUGGCGUCUGUGUUAGAAAAGGAGCCGCAGAGCGCGCCGCAGGUUCCUGCAGAGUUCCCGCGCGUUAAUUUCUACUCCUAUUUUACCCAUCCCGAGGCCGAAAUCGCCUUAACCAAGGAGCAAGUAUGGGCGGUGGCUUUUUUUCUUCACCGAACGAUCCCAUCGUUUAUUAUGUGGGAUGUGGGGCGUAUCAAAUUACUUCUUGACGAUUGUCAGGAUCAACAGCUCGUACCGUCUUCGUACUUUACACAAGGAGUAAUCACCUGCCGCUCGAGCAUUGUCGGGAAAGAGGCGCUUGAAGGGAGCGAAAUUAUGAACGAAUCCUUAAAAUCUCCGAACGAAAGUUUUUUAUCGUGCGAUAGACGAACCUUCAACAGUAAUAGUAAUCUUCCCCGGCAAACAACCACUAGUCAUUCCCAAUUUUUGAGAAGAGCGGAAGAGGAUAAGUUUAUUUUAUAUAAGAAAGAUGUGCACUCGACAAACUUUACCUUAGUAUUGGGAGGGCAGGUGGAGCUGCUCGUUGGGGAUCAGAUCUUUAGCACACGAAUUUACUCCUUCUGCCAUCUUGCUGAGGAAGCCCUUAGUUCCUCACCUUUUAUUUCAGAUUUUAGCGCAAUUGUUGUUCGACCUGCACGGAUUUAUUCAAUAUCAAAAGAAUUAUACAACAAACACGCUUCUCAUCAACUCACUAGACAACCAAUGAUAUCGAAUGAAUCCAUCAAUGACUCCAAUCGUCCGAGAAGCCUCUUAAAACCGUUUCCUUUCCCAACCAACCACACGCUUUUGGAAGGUUCGAAAGCAAAAAAAGGUCUCUUUUCCAACUCUUCUGGAUCCUUGGGGAAUAACAUAAUUUCCGAUCAAAAGGCAUAUGGCACAUUUAACAAAUAA